CGCAGCAGCGGGACCACGCGCUGCACAGCAGUCUGGAUGAAAAUAAGGAGUGGCCAGAAGCAUGGCCUCUGAUGCAGUCACUGUGCCUGCAACGCAGGAUGACAACAGAGAUCCCCAAGCUAAUGGAACCAAGCAGGAGGUCCAGAGUGGAGAAACUGAGACACUGUCAAAGAGGCAGAGAAAGAGGCUUCUCAAACAGCAGCAAUGGGAAGAACAGAGAGACCUACGCAAGCAGAAGCGCAAGGAGAGGAAACAGCAGAGGAAGUUGGAGAGACAGACACAGGCUGAGGAUGGACCUGAGUAUGCAAGCAGAAAGCGUCUGCGCAGAGAAGCAGAGCCCAGUCCUCUCCGCCUGGUCAUAGACUGCAGCUUUGACAACCUCAUGGUGCUAAAGGAUGUAAAGAAACUCCACAAGCAGAUCCAGAGGUGCUAUGCGGAGAACAGACGCGCUGUGCACCGGGUGCAGUUUUAUAUAACAAGCCAUGGUGGGCAGUUGAAACAAAACAUGGAUGAAAUUAAUCAAGGCUGGGUGAACUGGAAGGAUGUCCAUAUCAAGCCUGAGCACUUUCAUGAAGUCUUAAACAAAGAGGAUCUGGUGUACCUGACCUCUGAUUCGCCCAAUGUACUGCAGGAGCUGGAUGAGAACAAAGCCUACGUGAUUGGAGGCCUAGUGGACCACAACCACCAUAAGGGGAUCACUUUUGAUCGUGCCAAAGAGCUUGGAAUUGCUCAUGCUCAACUCCCACUGGGCAGUUUUGUGAAGAUGAACAGCCGCAAAGUGCUUGCCGUCAACCACGUGUUUGAGAUUUUGCUGGCGUAUCUGGAGAAACGGGACUGGAAGGAGGCGUUCUUCACUGUCCUGCCCCAGCGGAAAGGGGCUGUACCUGUAGGCCAAGAAGACAUGCAGGAGCAGGGCAAUGAUGAGGAGGAGGAAGACUCUGAUAGAGACUCGGGCACAUGUGAGCCAGUCACAGAAAAGAGCGAAGAUACAAAGGACCGAUCAAAUGAUCAGCAAAAAGAUGCAUCUUAGCUGAACCAGUCAGAUUCAUGUGGACUGUAGAACAGAAAGAAAUGACCUCAUAAUUACCUUUUUUUUUUGUUAAUUAAUUUAUUUUUUAUAAAAUUUGCCUUGGCAGUUUUUACUUUGUUGCUCACUCAUGCCUAAGUUAUGGAUAAUACCAUGCAAAUUGGGGAUGACAUUUUUGUUUCAGCAAUCACAGUUGAGAUCAUAGCAUGUCUCGCUAUCAUUAAAGUUACCUGACAUGCAGUACUCAUA